AUGGUAAACACGAGCAAGGAUGUGUGUGUCACUCCAGUGGAGGAGCCACCCGCCAAGCGCGUGAAAACAGAGACAAUGACGACAGUAUCACGUACGUGUCAGUUCUGUACGAAUAAGAAGCAAGUGUCGGCCAGUUGCAUAAGCUUGGCCUGUAAGAAAUGCUGCCUCAUGCGGUCUCAAGUGUGCAUUAUUCAUCCAAAAGAAGAAAAGCUGGAGCCCGAACCUGCGAGACCUCAGAAAAAACGUGUGCUCAAAAAUGAGUUUCGAGAGACUAAUUUUCAUUAUUAUGGUGAAACAGUGACAAUCUUUUGCGUGCGGGAUUUCUUUGAGAUGAAAAAGCUGUGCCAGGGCGUGCUGAAAGACCAGGAGCGGACACAACGAGUAUCUGGCAACACGUGCGGUCGUCGGAAGAAGAAAAACAUCGCUAACUCGAAGAUUAAGGAGCAGAUACAGUGUGCACUAGGAAAGCGACCAGCUCCCGCGGGAUAUGGAGAUGUCGAGUUACCUGCCAAGAUCGCAGUCGCAGAUACAUAA